AUGUCGCCCGUCAACUGCCACUCGAUAGCACCUGGCCAAGAGAACACGGUGUCGCCAUACCUGGGAGUCAUGCAACCCUCGCUGUCGAAUCAGAACAUGUCUCAUGCCGCUCCCCUGGCUCCCAAUUUGCUGGUUGCCGCCAUGCACGCUUCUGCGGGAGUGAAUAGCCCUCCGGAUGAGGCGGCAUUUCGAUUUCUUUCUCUGCCGCGUGAGUUGAGGGAUAUCGUGUACGAAUUCUCGACCACGAACGGAGGUUCUACCCGCGUGCUAUGGAAAGCCGGAACGGGCAAGCGCGAGGUCCAACUCGUCAACCUCGAAGACCAGACCGCUAUUCAUACUUUUCACGGCCUGGCGAUGUCCAAUCUACAGGCCUCCGAGGAGGCUUCUGAACGAUACUUGGCCAAGACCACACCUGAAUUCGAGGAACCCGGCCAGUUCAACGUCCUAUUCGAACAGCUCGGCGAAGAGCGCGAUGGCGGCAAGCCCAAAGCCUACACCCGCUUGUCGUCUAUCGCUUUCAGAUCCCUCGCGGGACCACAGGCCGUCAAAGUGUUCAGGAAUAUCCUUGACAUGCCGAAUAUCCGCCGUGUGGUCCUCGUGCCUCGGAGGCGGAUGUGGAUUGACAGGCUUCUCUCAUCUCCCCGAGUCUUGAACUUCCUCCUGAAGCUCAAGCAGAAGCGUGCGGAGGACGGCCGUCAGACACAUCUCAUCUUUGAGGCAAACUGGUUCAACGCUGCUCACGAUUACGAAGCCAAUCGGCGUAAGUGUCGAAUGUUGGCGCCAGCGGGACGACUUGAUCCAGAUGCAGUUGAGGACGCUGUCGAUGCUUUGAACGACUACUGGGAUACUGAACUGGCCAAUCGCCUAUACGACCAUAUUACCCGCCUUGUCCACGCUAAGACCGACCGGAUUCGUGAUCUCCGAGCCGGAACUAGUACUCCGCGCAUCCAGGCUCAUAUCCGACGACUUCGUCAACAGCGUAGAAACCUCCGCGACCUGAGGGCCUCUAACGCUUACCACGCCGACUACGAUUCCCCGGGGGUUCGAGACAUCAAUUUGUUGGGGCUCGAUGGCGGCUUUGACGAGGCUCCAAAUCUUGAACAAGAGCGAUCUCGUGUGCAUAUUAGGAAGCCGGAUGCAGCCAAACGGCCUGCACCAGGUUUCGAGGAAGUGCUCAGUCUCAAUUUCCACCACCUCCCUCACGAGAUCAAAGACAGCAUCCACGAGAUAGAUGCAACAAAUGAUGGCAUCGCCAAAAUCUCGUGGAAGGACAUAAUCCCUCUCGAGGGUCAACUCGUGCAACCAAUUACGAAUACUUACAGACACUUCGCACGCUGA